CUGCAAUUGGUUGAGGCAACAACUAUUGGCUGAAUGUAUACCACGUACCAAGUCCUCUGGCAGACACCAGGAGCUGAACCAUUUGGAAGGCCGCAAUGCCAGCAGUGGUCCCUUUUGGGCAGGGACUGAUCUACACUCUAAACUCCAAGUCAGGGAAUAGAAUCUACUGGAAACAGGGUGUUGAAGUUUCCAAACAAAUGAGGCUACAUCUAGUACUGCCAGGAAAGCUACAACUCCAAGAGGUGAAGAAUUAGCUAAAAUAGGAGAGGCUAGUAUUCAACUACAGACCUUGUGCGUUUAGGCUGCUUGUGGAAGUCAGACCAAAUAGCAGGAAGGCAUUGCAGCAAGAUGGAUUUGGGAAAGGACAAAUCUCAUGUGAAGUACCGUCAGACAUCUGAUCCUCAUCAAGAAGAGAACCAUACUCCAGAAGUCACUGGACGUUGGAGGUUGCGAAACAGAGAACAACUCAGAAAAAGAACAGCUGAAUCACAAGGAAAUCAGACUUCACAAUGGCACUUUGGCAGAGAACAGAAAAAACGCAAGUUGCAGAGAACAGGAAAAGGAAAUCAAAGAGGCAGAAAGAGACAACAAAAUACAGAACUGAAGGUGGAACCUCAGUCACAAAUAGAAAAGGAAGUUAUGGAACAAGCACUGGCACCUACAGAGAAAGAAACCGAGCUACCUGGGAGUGUGAGUGAAGCUCUUCCUUCAGUAGCCUCCCCGCAAAAAGUUGUGCCCAAGGAACAUUUUUCUGAAACACAUCAAGAAAGCAUUAUAAAUCAGGAAAAUUCUUCUGAGUACCAAGAAGUAGUAGUACAAAACCAUUCUUCUGAAACAUGCGAGCAAAUGGCUGAACCUGAAAACCACACUCCUAAAAUGUGUCAAGAAAUAGCUAUACAUGAAGACCAUACUCUCAAAAUGUGCCAGGAUACAGCUAAACCUGAAGGCCUCACUCCUAAAAUGAGUCAAGAAAUAACUGUACUUCAAGACCAUUCUCUCAAAAUGGGCCAGGAUACAGCUAAACCUGAAGACCACACUCCUAAAAUGAGUCAAGAAACAACUAUACUUCAAGACCAUUCUCUCAAAAUGUGCCAGGAUACAGCUAUACCUGAAGACUACACUCCUAAAAUGUGCCAAGAAACAGCUGUACCCAAAGCUCUUCCUUGUACAACCUCUGAUGCCAUAUCUGACCUGGAGGGAUGCUCUCCUGAAGCAUACCCCAAACCAGAUGUGCCUACAACUCCUGACAUGUACCAAAACCCAGGUGAACUGGAGCAAUACAAUGCUGAAUCAGUUCAAGAAACAGCUGAGAAUGAAGAUUUCUUUCCCAAAACACAAGAAAUAGCUGUGCCCAAAGACCUUUCUACAAAAACAUACCCAGAAACAGUUGAAUCUGAAUACUCUUCUCAUGAAACAUAUAAAGAAAUUACUGUGCCUGCAGCCCCCUCUCAUAAAACAAUCCAAGAAACACCUCAGCCUGAAGAAUAUUCACCUGAAACAUAUCAAGAAACCCCUGGACCUGGAAAAUAUUCACCUAAAAUAUACCAAGAAACAUCUGGGCUCCAAGUAUGUUCACCUGAAAUAAACCAAGAAACACUGGGGCCUGAAAACCUCUCUACUAAGAUGUAUGAAAAUAAGGUCGUGCCUAAAGAAUGCUUUCCAGAACCAUACCAAGAAAUCAGUGGGCCCCAAGGCCAGGAUCCUAAAGUACACCAGAAAGAUGCUAACGACGUCUAUUCUUUUCCUCAAGAUAUGAAAGAAAAACCCAAAGCAGAAGAACCAGCAACUCUGAACAUUCCUCAAGAGAUUUCUCCAGAAAAUGAUGUCUACAGUUAUGUUUUGUUUUAACAUUGCUCAACCAUAAAGUUGUAGUCCAAUGGAAUAUACA